AUGGCUGAGGACAAGGCUCUUCACGCCGAGGACAAGGUUCGUGACGCUGAGGACGAGGUUCCUCACGCUGAGUAAAAGGUUCCUCACGCUUGGGACAAGGUUCCUCACGCUGAAGAAAAGUUCUUGCCGUUGAGGACAAAGUUCCUCACGCCGCGGACAAGGUUCCUCGCGGCGAGGACAAGGUUCCUCACGCUGAGGACAAGGUUCUUCACGCUGAGGACAAGGGUCCUCACGCUGAGGACAAGGUUCCUCUCGCUGAGGACAAGGUUCUUCACGCUGAGGACAAGGGUCCUCACGCUGAGGACAAGGUUCCUUUCGCUGAGGACAAGGUUCUUCACGCUGAGGUCAAGGGUCUUCACGCUGACGACAAGGUUGCUCACGCUGAGGACAAGGUUCGUCACGCUGAGGACAAGGUUCCUCAUGCUGAGAACAAGUUUCCUCACGCUGAGGACAAGGUUCUUCACGCUGAGAACAUAGUUCCUCACGCUCAGGACAAGGUUCUUCACGCUCAGGACAAGGUUCCUCACGCUGAGGACAAGUUUCUUGCCGCUGAGGACAACAUUCAUCACGCCGAGGACAACAUUCAUCACGCCAACGACAAGGUUCCUAACGCCGAGGAGAACGUUCCUCGCGCCGAGGACAAGGUUCCUCACGCUGAGGGCAAG